AUGCUAAAUAGAAUGCGGUCUCAUUAUCAGUAUUUGGUGAUUGGCGGUGGUUCUGGAGGAGUUGCCUCUGCCAGAAGAGCUGCAAAGUAUGGAGCCUCUGCGUUGGUUGUGGAGAGCAAGAAGAUGGGUGGAACAUGUGUCAACGUUGGAUGUGUGCCCAAGAAAGUGAUGUGGUACGCCUCCGACAUGGCGUCCAAGAUCAGACUGGCUAAGGACUACGGUUUUGAGAAAAUCGACCCUUCUUUUGCCUCGGACUUCAAUUGGACCCAUUUCAAGCACAAGAGAGAUGCCUACAUCGAAAGACUCAACGGCAUCUACGAGCGCAAUCUAACCAAAGAGGGCGUGGAUUACGUUUACGGAUUCGCUAGAUUCACCGCCGACGGAAAAGUCGAGGUUGUCGACAAGGAUGACAAAUCCAAGGUCUCGACCUUCACUGCUGACAAAAUCCUCAUUGCAACCGGUGGUACGCCAAUCUUCCCAAAGAACAUCCCAGGUUAUGAGUUGGGUAUUUCGUCCGACGGCUUUUUUGAGCUUGAGAAACAGCCAAAGAGAGUCGCCAUUGUUGGUGCCGGAUACGUUGGUGUCGAAUUGGCCGGCGUUUUCCACGGUCUGGGUUCCGAGGCCCAUAUGAUCAUUAGAGGUGAUACCGUCUUACGUAAGUUCGACAGCAUCAUCCAGGACACCAUCACCAACCACUACGAGAAGGUUGGAAUCAACGUGCACAAACAGUCGCAGGUGACCAAGGUCGAGAAGCUGGACGACGGGUCCAAGAAGGUGUUUUUAUCCGAUGAUUCCUCUAUUGUUGUUGACGAGCUGAUCUGGACCGUGGGCAGAAGAUCGUUGGUCGGCAUGGGCGUCGACAAGAUCGGACUUGAGCUCGACUCCAGGGACAAUGUUGUUGUGAACGAGUUCCAGGAGACAAACGUCAAGGGAGUUUAUUCUUUGGGAGAUGUUGUUGGUAAGGUCGAAUUGACUCCGGUUGCAAUUGCUACUGGUCGUAAGUUGUCCAACAGACUUUUCGGCCCAGAGGUGUUCAAGGCCCAGAAACAGGACUUUGACAACGUUCCUUCUGCGGUGUUCUCCCAUCCGGAGGCCGGUUCUGUCGGACUGAGCGAGAAGGAGGCCAUUGAAAAGUACGGAAAGGAAGACAUCAAGAUUUACCAGAGCAAGUUCACCUCGAUGUACUAUGCCGUUUCAGAAACCAAGUCCCCAACGGCAUACAAGUUGGUGUGCGUCAAGAGCUUGGACGAGAAGGUUGUUGGUUUGCAUAUUGUCGGAGACGCCUCGUCUGAGAUUUUGCAAGGAUUUGGCGUCGCCGUCAAGAUGGGAGCCACCAAGGCAGACUUUGACGACUGUGUGGCCAUCCACCCAACCUCGGCCGAAGAGCUCGUUACAAUGACUUAA